UGGCAAGCCCACGCUCUCUGCACCAGAUACCAAAAACCACACCGUGUCUGUCCAUUUAUACCCCUCGUUCCGUGGACCGCACGACACAAGCACGCGACAACAGAGGCCCUGGGCCAACAGCGAAAGGAAGCCCAGAAGCCCCAAAGAUGCCUUCACUACUGAUUCUGAUCUUCACCAUCGAGGUCGCGGUAGAGCUCAUCAACACAAUCGGCGCGGCGACCAUCAACAACCUGCUAUGGAGGAUUUUCAAUGCCUUGCCCACCAAGUUGUCGGCACAGUUUGCAGAGCAACGGAAGCUGCAGCAGGAUUACCUCAAAGUCCGCCGUGAGCUCAACGCUACUAGCAGUCAGGAUGAGUUUGCAAAGUGGGCAAAGCUGCGAAGACAGCACGACAAGCUGCUGGAGCAACUAGAGAAAAAGAAAGCCGCACUCGACUCGACCAAAGGCAACUUUGACAAAUACAUAACGGGAAUCCGUUGGGUGGGCACCCAGGGACUACGAUACUUCCUCCCCUUUUGGUACGCCAAGGUCCCCAUGUUCUGGCUGCCCUACGGCUGGUUUCCGUACUACGCAGAGUGGCUCGUGUCGUUCCCGCGCGCGCCCAUGGGAAGCGUCAGCAUAGCCUCCUGGCAGCUCGCAUGCACGGGCUUUGUGGUGCUGAUCAAGGAUGCCAUAACGGCACUCGUGGUCUUUGUGAUGGGCAUGCGGCAGAGCAACGUCAAGCAGGCCGUUCCUGUGAAGGCGGUGUCUGGCGAGAAAGCAAGCGACGAGAAGGAGGGCAAAAAGGAACUAUGAUUAGCCCAGAAGCUUGUCCUUUUAAUAUUCAAAAGCUGCAAAUUUGAUUUCACAAUCAUGUGAUGGUGGUCUUUGUGUGUUUGUCUCUCAUCAAUUUGACGCAAAGAAUAUCGUUGUCCCCGAAGGAACUAAUGCCCUGCAACACUACGUGAGAUGACUCUUGGC